AUGGGGCGUGGUCACGGGGUGAGUGGGCGGGGAAAUGGGCGGGUCCCCGCGGGCGCGGGGGUGGGCGUGUCCCGCUACCGGCGGCACCCGAAGCCCCCCUACUCCUACCUGGCACUCAUCGCCCUCGUUAUCCAGGCGGCACCGGGACAGCGUCUCAAGCUCGCCCAGAUCAUCCAGGAGCUCAGCAGCCUCUUCCCCUUUUUUGGGGGAGGGUACCAAGGCUGGAAGGACUCCGUGCGGCACAACCUCUCCUGUAACCCCUGUUUUGCCAAGGUGCUGAAGGACCCCAGCAAGCCCAAAGCCAAGGGCAAUUACUGGACGGUGGAUGUGAACCGCAUCCCCCCCGCAGCCCUGCGCCUCCAAAACACGGCUGUGGCGCGGGGGGGGGACACUUGUUUCGUCCGGGAUUUGGCUCCGUUUAUUCUCCGGGGUCGUCCUUACCCCCUACCCCCUCCCAGCAACCCCCCAUCCCCAGAUUCAGAAUUAGGUGGGGGAGGGGCCCAAACUAUGCCCCCUCCCAACAAAAGCAUCUUUGAUGUUUGGCUGAUCCACCCUGGGGACAUUGUAGCCCCUGCCCUCCACGGGUGA